CCGUGUCGCGUCUGUGUGGCGGAUCGGCGGCAACGAUGAGGAUGGCGGCGCUGGCGAGCGCGGCCGAGCGGGCUGUCCUGGAAGAGGAGUUCAAGUGGCUUUUACGAGAAGAGGUUCACGCUGUCCUUCGGCAGCUACAGGAUAUUCUGAAGGAAGCUUCUCACAGGUUUGCUUUGCCCGUGAGUGGCUCGGAGGGACCCAUCAAGCAGGAAAACUUCAUCUUGGGCAGUGCAAAUGCCGACCAGGUGAAGGGAGUGCUGACACUGCAGGGAGAUGCGCUCUGCCAAGCAGAUAUUAACUUGAAGAUGCCCAGGAACAACCAGCUUCUGCACUUUGCCUUCCGGGAUGACAAGCAGUGGAAAUUGCAGCAGAUCCAGGAUGCGAGGAAUCACGUCAACCAAGCCAUCUACCUGCUGACCAACAGAGGUGCCAAUUACCAGUUCAAGACCGGGUGCGAGGUCCUCAAGCUGAUGGACGCAGUGAUGUUGCAGUUAACGAGAGCUCGGAACCGGCUCACCACUCCGGCUACUCUGACCCUCCCCGAAAUCGCCUCCGGCGGCCUCACGAAAAUGUUCACUCCUGCGCUGCCUCCAGACAUCCUGGUGAACUUCUACAUCAACCUAAACAAGCUCUGCUUGACUGUUUAUCAGCUACAUGCGCUGCAGCCCAGUUCGACAAAGAACUUCAGACCAGCCGGCGGGUCCAUCUUGCACAACCCGGGGGCCAUGUUCGAGUACGGCAACCAAAGAUACGAAGUCAGCCACGUCCAUAAGGUGGAGAGCGUUGUGCCCUGGCUGAACGACGCCCUGGUCUUCUUCACGGUGUCUCUACAACUCUGCCAGCAGCUGAAGGACAAGAUCGCUGUGUUCUCUGGCUACUGGAACUACAAGCUGUACUGAUCACGCCUCGAAGGGCGGCGGGCCCCACCCCCUCCUUUUGACGUUUCAGCCCCUCCCCUCCAGGGAGGAAAACCCCAGUGCAAGCGGUGCAUAGGAAGAGUUUGUCAGAUCCCAGCUCUCCACGGUGGCUUGCGGGGCCGGCGUUGGCAGCUUGGUGGGUAGAGUGUCCUCAUUUAUUAGCACUUUAGAAUCACACCCGUCCGUUGUUUCCGCACGCAUCGAGACUGGGGGCAGAGAGAAGCCCGGGAGCUCUUGUCCCGUCCCACUCCUCUAGAGGAAAGGUGUGACGUUGAGCAAUACUGGGAGGAGCCCAGAAGGGGGCGUGGUCUCCCAGAAGGGCCAGCCGGGUUGGGCGGCUCUCGCAAGGGCCGCUCUUUGUAAUAGAUUUGGGGUUCACUCUCCCUUGCAUCCCCCAUCCCCUUACACAAAGGUGUGCCUCUUCAUCUCUCCCAUGCCCCCUCCGUGACUUGGAGCCACACGGCCCUGUUUCUUUCCACGGUAGCCCAGAGUUCACUAGGGGCUCUCUACCUUUGGUCUGGUCUUCCACGAAGCCGUCUUUUAUCUGUCCCACCGCCAGGCAACACCAAGCGUAACCUUCACCCGGACCAGCGUUGUGCAGGUGGCGGGACGGUCUAUUUGCUGCUAAAACCUUGUGUGAGUCAUUCCCGGAACUAAUUGGUUGCUGUGAAAUAAAGGUCC